UUGAUCGUGGGAGUUGGACCAAGAAACGGAGGAACGCGCGGACUGCGAACCGCCACAGUGUUGUCGACGAGAAGGAUACACGAAGGCGAGAAAUUCUUGUUUUUUUUUUUUUACAUCCGAACAUCGAAAAUCACGAGGAAAAUGAUGGUAGAUGUAUAUUCUAAAGGGUCAUCGAACGAAUAAACUCAAUUGCCGUAGACACGUAAACCAUUCGUGGGUGAAGUGAAACACAUGUGUCGGUCAAACCGUGUUUUCUACUAUAGAGUGUCCGUCCCGUGUUUGAUCCGUGAAAAUCUUCCGUUUGAAAAACCAAUUUGUACGCUGGUUAUAAUAAUUUGCGAAAUAUUAACGUGCUUGCUUUUGAAUAAAUUUAUGAAUGUGACGAUUCGCAUUUUCGAAAUGAAAUAGAAUUCAUUAUAGAAGGCGGCAGUGCGUGGGUGGGUGGGUGUCUAGCGAUUACCACUUAUGUAUAGAAAAUUCCUUUUGGAAUUUUGCACAAAAUGUUAUUCUUGGAUCAAUGAUAAAGUGCUUUUUUAUUCGAUAAUAUUCUAUUCUAUCGAUAUAUAUUAAUUGGCACAAUAUCCAGACAAAUGUUUUUGGGCAUAAUAAAAAAUAUAUCAGUUAAAUUUCAGAGUAACGUUGCUCUUACUGUCAAUUUUUGACCAAUGUCAAUUUGACAGUUUUAAAAAUAUAAAAUCAAUAUGAAUCUAUCUCUUUGUUGUUAUUAACUUUGUUAAUUUUGAAAGAAACUUAAAUAUUUUGCUACUAUUAACAUUGUUGUUAAAUAAUUCUUUCUUGCAUAAGGAAUUUUUUUUUAUUGUAUUUAAUAAGUUUCAUCAAGUGUUCUUAUAAAAAAUGCUCUCCUUAAACUGUGAAACAAAAAUACAUUAGCAAGUUUCUUUAAAAUUAUAAUUCAUAGCUUUAAGAGAAGGACUUAUUUAAAGUCCUGUCUCUUUUAUUAAUUUGAUAUUAAGAGGCUAAAGUAUGAAAGGUCAAGCGGAGAAAAAUGGAUAUCGAUAAAGUAUCAGCAUGCGUGAGAAGUCAGCAGAAUGUCAUGCUCACGCAGGUCACGUGAGGGGCACAACAGAAAUGUGCUCACGUGAUCCUCCUACAUUACACUCAACUCUUACCAAGGCAAAUGGUAAAAAUUCAAAUCCCCAAUCAACACAUCAUUCAGAAGCACGUAUUGAUAAUAAUUUACUUCCAACUCCUGGUGGACGAUUAAAAUUUUUUAAAGACGGAAAGUUUAUUUUGGAAUUAUCCCAUCGUAGGGAUGGAGAAAGAACUACAUGGUUUCCAGUUCCAAAGAAAACCUUUUGGCCACCAGCUAGUACAACUCCAAAUAGACAAGAGAGUUCUACUUCUCUUAGUGUUUCUGAUGAUAAUUCAUCAGUACAAUCAAGUCCUUGGCAAAGAGAUCAUUGUUGGAAGCAAGCAAAUCCAAGACGUAGAAUAUCUACAGAAUUUAGUUUUUAUUAUUAUAGAAAUCCAAAAAAUCGUCUGUAUGCGCAUCCUCGCUUAAUCGCAAGAAAGCGUAGACGUCCAUUAGAUCCUUCUUCUUUGUUACUCAUUCCAGAAUCAGUAACAAAUUAUACUAAACCAAUUCGUAAAGCAAAUGGUACAUCAACUGGAAAAGUUUUGAACCUAAUUAUCGACAAAUUGGCACGUCUUCUAGAUCCUAAUGUCGUUUCACCUCGUAAACGUAUUUUGCGCGAAUUAGAAAGAGUCUCAUUAGAAGAUCAAGCAUCGAAAAGACGUGCAACACCACAGCCAGUUUGUACAACAGCUCCUAUUCCGUCACCAAAACAAUUAUCUUCAUAUAGUAUAACGAGUAUUUUGGGAGAAGAUAAACCAAGUCAUGAGCAAGGUUUUUUGAGAAAUUUAUUAAAACCAGAUGAAAGGCAAACUGUGAAAUACUCAUCAAGUAACUCAUAUCCAAGAGUACGAAUGGAUCCAUACAUUGGUACAGCUAAUACACCUCUUCAGCAUCCACUUUAUGGUGUACCGAUGUUACCUCCUGGACCGUAUAGAGCUCCUUUAUGGAUGCAUUAUCCAUCACCCGUCCAUUAUCCACCUCCUAUGCCAUUAUAUGCGCCACCACCACCUCAUCCACCAUCUCCUCCAGUUCAUCACUACAAAGAUUACAGGGAACAGACUCUUACACCUCCUUCAGGUAAAUGUUUAAAAAUAUAUCUUUCGAUAUCUAUUAAAUUUAUCAGAAAAUUCAUUUUAUUUAUAUCUCAUUUAGAUAUGCCUCUAAAUCUGUCGAAGCAUGCGGGUUGAAUCUCAGGAUCCUAAAAGUUGGUGCCUUAUCAAUGGAUAAAAUUGCGCAAACACUGCCCGUGCAACGACAAUGCGAUAUAUUAGUAUUUUUUUAUCCGUAAACAGUAGUAUCAUAGUAAGUAGAAAUAUGCAUCUAGAAAGACAAAAACUGGAUGCUAUUCUUGUACAUAUAAAUGCAUAAAGUAUAGAAAUUGGCAUAGAUAUUUUAUAUUAAUCUUAAAUUAAAUCACACACAUGAGUAGUAUUAUAUUAUUUUAAUUAUAAUUGAUCUUAUAUAUUAUGUUCAUUUUUUUUAUUAAUUAUUGGUAAAAUAUUUUAAUAUGGUUUUUUCAUUAUAUGGAAUCCAUGAAUGUGUUCACAUUGUAAAAUUUGAUUUUUAUUAUUUUUACUACUCAUGAUAUAAAUAUUAAAAUGAAGAGAAAAAAGAGCAUGCUCUUAUUUUACAUCUCAUUUAUGCAUUAUCUUGUUAUUCUUAUUAAUAUUUCUGUCAUUAUUAUCAUUAAUCAAUGACUAUCCAUUUUAAAAAAAUCAUAAGAAAGACAUAGAAUUAUGUACAGAACAGAUUAUUCUCUAUAUUUAGUAUAAAUAUUCCUACAAAUAGUAAUAUGAUAAUAAAUUUAGAUUAAUGAAAUCCGCAACAGUAUACAUUUAUUUAUAUGAUAUUAAUGAACAAAAAAUGAAAUUGCUUGGUAAAGACCGUGGGGUGUGCCUUAAGAUUACCUAAAUUGCAAAAAACUAAAUUAUAAACACAUUCAUAUAAUGAAUAUGUAUUAUUAUUACUACUAUUACUAUUGUGUACAUAUAAAUAUAAUUUUGCCUUACGUAUCCGCCUCAAAUCGAUUAUUCGUUACUAUUUAUUGUUAGUCAGAUGCAUUACCAAACGUUUUACGUGAAAGGCAAGCUCACACAGGCUCUACAAACUAGUGAGUAAUUUUAAUUCAUUUACAUACAUUUUUUUAUUAAAACAGAUAAAAUGUGACUGCGCGUAAGCAAUUGUAUAGAAAGACUAAUUUCGUAAAUAUAUAAAUAUUUCAUAUACUA